CGGUGAACUAGCGAGGUGAAAUGGUUUGAGCAGUUGUGGUGGUGCGGUGGUUGUGAGAGAAGAAAUAGAAGAAAGAAUAGGGCUGCCUGGUGGCGGUUGAGAGGGAGGAGAGAGAAAAGUUGGUGAUGUUGGUGGUGGAUGUGGUUGUGAGGGAGAAGAGAGAAUAUGAGUUAGGGUUUUAAUUAUGGACAAAUUAAUUUGGGUUAAAAAAGUUAAUAGGUUAUUUAUUGAAGUUAAGUACAAUUUAGUAAGGGUAAAACUGUAAAUUUUCACAAAAUUACUAUAUUAGGAAAGUUUUUUUUGUUUUUGUUGCACAUAAUGUGUAGCUUCUGUUUUGAGGAUUGUUGCAGAUUUUAUGAGACAGAGGUAGUAUUUUUUGCAUAUGACUCAUUUUAUUCCUCCUUCCUUCCCAUCAUCACAACCACCACCAUCAUCAUAGCCAACAUCUCUCUAGCCGAUCUUCUUUUCCCUGUCGACCUCUGAUCUUCUUUUUCCGCGUCGAUCGUCGACCUCCUCUUCUUGGAAAUGGAAAUGUAAGGAUGAAUGAGAGGGAUGUAAAAAAAAAAAAAAGCGGUAAGAAGGAGAGCGGAAAAUGUGGCUUCCCUUCUUUUAUAAAGAAAAAUGUUUUCCAUCAUUAAGGAUGAAUUUUCCACCCUUGGGAAAAUUGUUUUCCACCCUUUUCUAUCCAAACAGAGGAAAAUGGGGAAAAAAAAAUGGAAAAAUCAUUUUUAAUAAAAACAUUUUACAUUAAACCAAAAAGGCCGAAGUGUAAAUAAGUUUAGAUAAAUACUCCCUCCGUUUUUAAAUACAUACUAGGUUAGAUCUACGGAAUACGGAGUAAUAGUCUAUUUUACUCCGUUUUAAAGAAUUUUAACAGAGAAAGCGCUACGCAACUCCCAACCAAAAAAUAAAAUCCGCAAAACCGAUUUGUGAUUUACGUUCUUCAGUUUUCAGACACUGAAGAUCCAAUCCCCUUUUCUUCUUAAGCACAUUCAUCCUCCUUAUUAAUACGACCUUGUCAAAUUCGUUGACUCUUAACCCCUUUACAUUGAUUAAUUCAUUACCAUCUUAUCACUUUUGUGUUUCUUCGUACCAUUUUGAUCCAUCUCACAUUUUUCAUUUUGUGGUUUCAUCACUUCAACGUAAUUCUCUCAUGGGGUUCAAGUUAACUUCACAAUGGGUUGAUAUUUGAUGCAUAAGAAGCAAAUGGGUUCAACUUUUUUUUAGGGUGUAGAAUCCAUAGGCUGUGUUUGGAUGCUGGGGUCACUGUGGUUGUUAUCGUCAAGAGAGAUCUGGAUACGUCGAAUGUAAGUCUUGAGUUAUUAUCAUUGUUAAUUACAAUAAGUCUGGGUAGUAGUUGCAAGUUUGGUUUGAAAGGUAACAAGACUCUGCAAGUAAUUUUAGGUGUCUCUUAGUUGUGUGAAUUAUGCAAGAAAACAAGUUUCCGAAGCGGUAUUUGAUUGUACUUUUGACAUUCAUAUGUACGUCUGUCUGCUACAUUGAGCGGGUGGGCUUCUCAAUUGCUUAUACAAUUGCUGCUGAUGCUGCUGGAGUCAAUCAAUCAAGUAAAGGCACAAUACUUUCCACUUUCUAUUAUGGUUAUGCCUUAUCACAAGUGCCGGGAGGCUGGGCAGCUCAGAAAAUUGGUGGCAGACGUGUUCUGCUGCUUUCAUUUGUGUUAUGGUCGUUGACUUGUGCUCUAGUCCCGCUGGAUCCCAACCGGGUUUUCAUGUUGGUUGUUGCACGCCUUCUUGUUGGUGUAGCUCAAGGAUUUAUCUUUCCCUCGAUUCACACGGUUUUGGCACAAUGGGUUCCUCCUCAUGAAAGAUCUAGAUCUGUUUCUCUUACCACAUCUGGGAUGUACCUAGGUGCUGCUGCAGGAAUGCUUCUGCUUCCGAGCCUGGUGAAGUUUAAGGGUCCUCAAUCUGUCUUUGUAGCUGAAGCAGCACUAGGAGCCAUGUGGUCUGUGUUGUGGUUUAAAUAUGCAUCUGACCCUCCUCGAUCUGAGCAUCCCAAAGCUGCUGCUGCUGGUUUUGGGGAAAAUUUAUUACCUGUUAAAGGUAAUCAUAAGUUUAAAGUGGAGAAUGGAGGUAGCUCAGCUAAAAAUUUAAACAUACCUUGGAAGAGAAUUUUUGUCAGCUUACCAGUCUGGGCUAUUGUGGUCAACAACUUUACUUUCCAUUAUGCCUUGUAUGUACUUAUGAAUUGGCUACCAACAUAUUUUGAGCAAGGCCUACAGCUUAGUCUCCAAGAUAUGGGUUCUUCUAAAAUGAUGCCGUACCUCAACAUGUUUUUAUUCUCAAAUAUUGGCGGGGUGGUGGCUGAUCAUCUUAUCACCAGGAAGCUUAUGUCUAUAACUAAGACUAGGAAGUUCUUGAAUACCAUAGGAUUCAUCGUGGCUUCUCUGGCACUGAUGGCACUGCCUGUGUUUAGAACUGCUGGCGGGGCUGUGUUCUGUUCUUCUGUGGCACUCGGCUUCUUGGCUCUUGGAAGAGCUGGGUUUGCCGUGAAUCACAUGGAUAUAGCUCCAAGAUAUGCUGGAAUUGUUAUGGGAGUUUCUAACACAGCAGGUACACUAGCUGGUAUUGUUGGUGUUGAGCUUACAGGUCAGCUUCUUGAAGCAGCUAAAGGUGCUGAUUAUGAUAUCUCUAGCCCAGAAAGCUGGAGAUUGGUAUUUGUUAUUCCUGGUUUUCUGUGUAUCUUAAGUUCAGUGGUAUUCGUGAUUUUUUCAACUGGGGAAAGAAUUUUUGACUGAGUUAGGCUUUCUACAGUUGAUGAAUAGGUGCCCAUUCAUACCCUAUUUCACGAAAUUUUUGCAAAUUUAUUGGGUAUAGAACCUUGAUAUCUUUCAUCAUUGCAUUGUUAUGCUAACAAUUUUGAAAUUCUGGAUUCUUGUCAAGUGACCUUUUGAUCAGUAGCUCCUCUAGAAUGUAUCCAAAGUGCUUUAUGUGUGCUUUGGUGGAAAAUUACUUUUUAGUUGGACUUCACUGCAUACUUGAUUGAUGCAAUGGUUUCUUGAUGCAAGAGAUUUCGAAGAUUGGCAAUCCAUCCUACAAUGCUUACUAAUGCUGUUUUGCGAGUAGUCUUCACACACUAUUUAAUUUGUGAUGUGUUGUCUGCAUACACAAGUGACCGGUCUCAUUAUGUCACUUGCUCGUGUCGAAGUUGAUAAGGCCAGAGGUUUUAUACUUUUAUUGGGUUUUUCUUGUUACAAUGAACUUAAGAAAUUGGGUUUUGGUGUUGUGCUGAGAUCGUUAUCCCCAAAAUUCUAACAGAAAAUUGUCUCGUAGUCAUAGACAUAUUCUUCAUGUAAUGCAAUAAGGUCUUCUUUUGAUUUUAUCAUUUGGCUGGUAUAUUAUAGCUGUUGUGCCAUCUCUAAUUAAGAGACUCGCAAAUGUAAUUGUUCAGCUUAAUAAGAAACAUGUAGGAGGAUUUUAGCAUUAGCAUAUCUUAAAGUUUUUGUUACUGUUAUAAACAAUUCAUCUUUGUAAUAUAUUUGUGUACCAAUGAGACAUCUUUUGUAUUC